UAUUUAUCAUAUUUGCUACACUGCAAUGUGUGACAUCAGUGCCACCAUCAGCAGUGUCAAGUUUCAGCACCAAAGCAUGCAGCACACCCAGCCACAAGAGUAGGCUAUCAUUCAUCAACAAAAAGCACGGAGGAAGGCAAGGUGUAAGCAAGGGAGUUGUCUUGUAAUGUGCCACCGGUUUAUACAUUUGUAGACAAGGCUACUGAAGGUCUAUUUGGUUGCGCCGCCUUGGGGACAGCGCGCUCCAAGAUUAACCAAAUGGAAUGACCACCGCUCAUUCCCUCACAGGGAUUGCUCACACAUGCCAGAGGUGAGAAAGAACCAGUUGAGGCGAUGACAUCAUGCCUGUACGAGUGCCUGCGCGAGGUCGGGCUUCAGCGUCACUACCCUUGUUUUACCGCCAUGGGACUGAGACGCGCUGGACACCUGUCUUUGCUCACCAUGGGCGAUUAUUCGAGCGUGGGGGUCCACAGCAUGGGGGACCGUGCCCGGCUGUUCCAUCUGGUACAGCUGGUCAAGUCUCUGAAGGAAGAGGAAGAGGAAGACCAUGGGGGCCACGAUGACGAUAGAGUUGUGAUAACAAGAAAGACUUUCACUUCGGGCAGCAAUGUCCCCGUAUGCAGGCAGCUAGAUUUUGAUGGUGAUGGUAGGUCGAGCGAACCCAAACGCGGAUCGCUCAGUGACUAUGACAGUCACAGGGGGGCUGGUGUCCACCCCUUCCCGAGCCCGAACACAGGGGUUAAACCCCAACCACGCUGCGACCUCAGCAGAGGGUCACCCAUACACAAAACCCAGAUCAGUGGGACGCCGAUGCGUAGCUGUCCUCACAAGCAGACUGUCAGACGGACCACAGUGCACAGGAGCAACAGCAAAGUGACCCAGUGUCAGGGCGUCUGCAUUUACAAGGAGGGGACGACCAUCGGCAGCAGGCCAAGACCUGAGGUACGCCGGGAGGCGGAUGGGACAUCCAGGAGGACGGAUGGGACACCCAGGAGGACGGAUGGGACAUCCAGGAGGACGGAUGGGACAUCCAGGAGGACGGAUGGGACAUCCAGGAGGACGGAUGGGACACCCAGGAGGACGGAUGGGACAUCCAGGAGGACGGAUGGGACAUCCAGGAGGACGGAUGGGACAUCCAGGAGGACGGAUGAGCCCACAUACAUGUACACAUCGAGGAGAACUAUUGGCCUCAACUAUGGUCUGCCCCUGAGUAGCCCGGUGUCAACCAGAAAGGAGGCAGGUGAGCAGAGGAUCAGUGUGUGUGUGAGGAAGAGGCCCCUGACCAAUGCUGAGAACAGGAGAGGGGAGGCAGACGUGGUCACAGCCCAUGAUGGAGAUUCUGUGGUGGUCCAUGAGAGCAAAGAGGCAGUGGACCUGACCCAGUACAUACUCCAACACAGGUUUAAUUAUGAUGAGGUGUUCGGGGAAGAGAGCUCCAAUGUGGAUGUGUACCUGAAAACAGCCUUUCCACUGAUACAGCAUGUCCUCAACGGAGGCAAGGCCACUUGUUUUGCAUACGGCCAGACGGGAGCAGGGAAGACACACACCAUGCUGGGUUGUCCUCCUCAGAGACAGGGGCUAUACGCUCUGGCUGCCAGGGACAUAUUUACCCAGCUGCACUCCACCCAGGACUGUGGCAACUCUGCAGUCACAUCCCACGUCUAUGUCAAUGUCAGCUUCUUUGAGAUCUACUGUGGCCAGCUCUACGACUUGUUGGACCGUAGAAAACGCUUGUUUGCAAGGGAGGAUGGGCACCAAGUGGUUCAGAUAGCAGGGCUAAGAGAGGUCAAAGUGGAGUCUGUCAACUCAUUGCUAGAGGUGAUCUUGUGGGGUACAGGUGAGCGCACCCAGGGGGCAAGUGGAGUCAACCCAGUGUCGUCCCGCUCCCACGCUCUGCUCCAGAUACAGCUCAGAGACUCUGGCCAUCGGGCCACUGGCAGGAUGUCAUUUGUGGAUCUGGCUGGGAGUGAGAGAGCAGCAGACUCCAGAGACCCAGACAGACUGAGUCGCAUGGAGGGGGCAGAGAUCAACCAGAGUCUACUGGCACUGAAAGAAUGUAUCCGUUCUCUGGACCAAGAGCAGUCACACACACCGUUCAGACAGAGCAAGCUCACACAGGUUUUGAAGAACUCCUUUGUUGGUGAUUCAAAGACAUGUAUGAUUGCAAACGUUUCCCCCGGUCACCUAGCAACCAAACACACACUCAAUACGCUGAGAUACGCUGACCGGGUGAAGGAGCUGAGGGGGGGAGGGGGGAGAAGAUGGCCCACAGUCACCCCGUCCCCAUCCCCGGAACAUGAUCAGACUAGCAGCAUUGGUACUAGUGCCAGCAGGGGGAAAAGUUCCCCAAAAGGGGUGAAGUUGGGGGGACACAGGGAGGCCCAAAAUGUGACUGGCACCCCUGCUAGGAGGUUAGCCCCAGGGGGAGCUCUGCUCUGCUCCACACCAAAGGGCCAGGGGGCGGGGGAGGGCUUUGGGAGGGGGAGAGAAGACCUCUGUUUGGAGCACACCACACCUGUGAGGGGCUCACUGGGCCGGGGGCUUUGGAGGCGCAGGAGGAGUGAGGGAGUGGGAGAGAGGGAGAGGAAUAGCGAGAGGGAGGUGGAAAAGAAAGGGCACAGAAAGGAACGUGAGAAGACAGAUGAUUCCAACACGGAACAGGACCAUGGGGUGGCUUGGGUGAUGAGACAGCGAAUGGGAGAGGGGAGGACAACCCUUUGGGAAAUACCCAGAGAAGGAAGAGCCACUACAAGCCAGAUGGCCAUAGGUAAGAGGGCAGCUGCUGCUACCUGCCUCAGAGGAGAAGAGAGGCAGAGGACUACUACGAGUAAAGGAGAGGGAGAGGGCAGGAGAUGGAUAGAGCAGGACCGAAUUGUGGGGGAGAGGGAGAGAGAGAACACAGCUGAGGGACAGAGAGAGUUGGGAGAGGUCAGGGAGAGAGAUAGGAGGACUAGUACAGAAUGGGAAAGGGAGAGAGAAACUGAGACGCCAAGGGAGCUGGAGAGCGAGAAGGAAAGAGAGAGGCAUUUGAGAAGAUACCACCAGCAGCUUCAGCAGAUGCAGUGGCUCCAGCAGCCUCUGCCUGCCUCUCCGUCUGUCUGCCGCGGUGUGGAGGAGCUGCUGGCUGGGUACAGGGCCACUGCUGGGGCCGGGGGAGACCACCUCCCGCUCCGGGGGGAAGGGACCGCAGGGGUCACAGUGGAGGCAAAGGGGAGGGGACAGAGUCACCUCUCUAACAACACGUCUCAGAGCCACUGCCACAAUGGCGAUAAUGAUGAUGAUAAUGAAGGAGAUAAUGAUGGUAGUGGAGAGCACAUCCUCAAAUGUCUCUUCCCCGGGGUUGGAUCAGUGCUGUCUACCAUCAGCAGGCUGGAUGACAGAGGGACAGGAGGAGAAGGAGUGGAGAGAGGGAGUGGGGACGAAUGGGGGUCACCCAAGGAGGAGGAGAGGAGAGGAUGGGCAUGGCCAGAGUGUAGAGUGGUCGAGUCAGAAGAGGGCGGCAGGUGGACAGGGGCUGUGCUGCGUCUUGGGGAGGAGGAACGGUUAACAUCUAGCCUCCGUGGGGCAUUUGAGAGGAGGGGGUGGGCAGGGGAACACAAGAAGAGAGGAGAAGAGGACAUGCUGCUGGGGGCUGAAUGGAGCACAGAGGAGGAAGGAGAGGUUGCCGUUAAUGACUUCACCCGCGGCUCCACAGACAGCAACAGUGACAACGACAGCUUUUACCGACACUGCAGCCACCACGCUCCGGCCGAGAGGCCCCUCUCUCCACCCCCGCCCCCAGCCAAGCUCAACGACCUGUCCCUGGAGUCCAAGCACAUCAACCAGAGCUCCAGUGGCCUGUGCCUACACUUCCAAAAUGUCCCCAUUUGCCCCUGCCAGCAGGGAGUACCACUGAGCCCCAGAAAGAGGACAGCGCUACCAGGUGCUGAGCUGCUACGUCUUAUAGACCCUGCCACCCCCCUUCUGUCCUUUGUGCAGACGGGGAGGGGAGCAGCGGUUGGCACCACAAGGCUUCUCCCUGAGAGCCAAAAUAAUUCUGGAGUUGUGGCUCAAAUGCCCCCUUCUUCACCACCACACUGUGAGUCCUCGGGUGAUUCAUCUAGAUGCACCAUGGACCCCCUCUCACUUUCCUUGCUUCAAGUAGACAGGCUGGCAGCCACAGACUCCUUCCUCUGCCAGCAGGUACCACACAGCACCUACUCCCCCUCCCUCCUGCCUAGGGAAGGUAGAAAGGGAAAAGGGGUGGUGGACGGUGGCCAGUCUCUAGUACCCACUCUAGUGAUAGAUAGGAACCGUGGUGAAGGCCACAUGGAUCAGAUGAGAUCCAAGAUGGACGCUGCUCCUCUCUGGAGAAUGGCUAUGACCAAACCAUCUGCCCCUGUGGUCUCCUUGGUGUCUGUCCAAGACCAAAGAGGAAUCCUGAAAACCCCAGCCCAGUUAGGGAGGGAGGUCCUAGGCUCCUGACUCUACAUGUCCCCCUGGCCCUUCUACACAUUCCACUCACCACACAACCUCACUGUAUCCAAUACACACACAACCAAGUGCUCCCAAGGCCCAGUCCAGCCCAACACACAAACAUCACACCGUUUGCCUUCCACCCAUGUACCACAACAUACACAUAAGCAUCCCAUCGCGACUAAACACACAUUUCAGGAUACACCCAACUCCUCCAUCCCUACUGUACAAAUUCUCCAACAAAUGAACAACCCCGUGCAAUUUAACAUUUUGCAGGACCAAUCUCAGUCGCCCAGUUCAAACAGUCCUCCUAAUCGCCACACACCAUGCCGUCUCAGCGGUUCAAGCAGUCCAGACGUUCCAAACGGUCUGUUGAAGCACAUUGGACCCCCAGCCACCCUCUCCUUCUCUACUCGGGAAGCCCUGGAGCAUAUGCCCAGUAGUGUGUUGUCCAGACCCAUUGGGAGCAGUUGAAGCAGAUAGAGUCUAUGUGUCGUAGAGAGGGGACAUUGCUGUGCCAACAGCCUGACGUGGACUUUAGGGAGUUACGUCCAUAAACUGGAGGAGAUCAUGGAGCAGAAAGCUGUGUGCGUUCGGAGCCUGAGAUCUCUGCUACAGCCCUACCUCACCCAACUGAAAAACUAUUAGUCAUUUUCAAUUCAUGGAGUGAAUUUCAAUUCAGUUCUGUUUCUGAAUUGAAAGCUGAAUUGACCCCAAACCUGUCUGACGUACCUUAAGUUACACCAGGCAAAUAAUUUGUGUGGGUGUGGAGUGAACUUGUGUGGAGUGAGCUGUAUUUUUUUAAACAGUAGCCUACAGGAACAAACACUUAUAGUCAGUACCUUCGUGAUUAAGGCACUGUACUACUUUAGCCUGUAUCACAAAUAAUGAGAUUCCCAUAGAGAAUGAUAGAGUCCUCUAGUGGCCAAAAGGCCAUAUUAGCAUGGACAGCACCAUUGAGGGCUUCCACCAUUAUAAUGUAGUCAACUGGGUGGGACUUCCAACUUCAUUGUCUAAUGCCUCCUGGUGACCCUGUUGGAGUCAUGUCCAACCCUGGUAAUCAGGAGGGAUCAGCCAAUUGUGAAGAAGAAAAUGUGCUACAUCAAAAUGGAGAUCGCCUCAAUGGUGCUGCCCAUGCUGUCACAGACGCUAUAAUGGCACAGAUACAAAGAUGAGUCCUCUAUCUCUAUGGAGAUUCCCAACCUCUGUCAUUUCAAGAAUUUUGCUACGAGUAACUUACCAUAAAAAGUUAUGGAAUCAUUAUAAUGUUGUACUUUGGUAGUUUAGGUAGUCCAUCCACGAGAGAUUAAAUAUACAUGGAAGAAAAAUCACUUUUUUAUGUGGUAGGCCUGUCCUCUGUGGUUGGUCUUUGAAAUGCAGGCGCAAAGAAGAUGUCUGCCAGUUGUUCAUCUGUCUUGCCAGCAGAUGGAGGUACUGUGUGUGAAAAUCCUAGUUUUCAGAAUAGAAAAUGUAUUGCACAAUUCACUCAAAAAGAAGUCACAUGCUUCGUAAAACAACCCGGUGUAGACUAAAAGUGAAAUGUUUACUUACAUGUCCUUUUCCAACAAUGCAGAGUUAAGAUAAAUAUAUCAAAUUGAUAUGACACAAGGCAUAAAUACACAGUGAAUAACAAAAAUCUUGAGUAAAAAUAGCACGGCUAUAUACAGGGAGUACCAGUACUGAGUUGAUGUGCAGGGGUAUGAGGUAAUUGAGAUAGCUAUGUACUUAUAGGUAGGGGUAAAGUGAACUAGUCAACAGGAUAGAUACUAGACGGUAGAGUAUAUGUUGAGUGUGAAAGUGUGUGUGUGUGUGUGGUGUCAGUAUGUAUGUGUGCGCAUGUUAUGUGUGUGUGGGCGUUUGUGGUGUCAGUGUAAGUAUGUGUGAGUGUCCAGUGUUUGUGCAUAAAAGGAUCAAUGCAGGUAGUCCGGGGGAGCCAUUUUAUUAGCUAUUUAGCAGUCUUGUUUAGCAAUCUUAUGGCUUGUGGGUAGAAGCUGUUUCAGGGUUCUGUUGGUUCUAGACUUAGUCCACUAAUACCGCUUACUGUGCGGUAGCAGAGAGAACCGUCUACGGCUUGGGUGGCUGGAGUCUGACAAUAUUUUGGGCCUUUCUCUGACAACACCUGGUAUAGAGGUCCUGGAUGGAAGGUAUCUCGGCCCCAGGGAUGUACCCCAGUGAUGCCGUACUUACCACCAAUGUUCCCUCUAAUUUUUCUCGGCACAGCGGAUUUCAAGUCUACUGAGAGCAAACUUUAACAUUGUGAAAAUUCUGUGCAACUUCCAGCAUGCGUUUACUGUGAACACUGAGGCUGUACCUGCUUUAUGUUACAGUUUUAACAGUGGCCAUGUAGGCUACUUGAUCAUAAUGUAGGCAUACCAGAGUGACCUACAAUCAAAAGCAAUGGCAUACCAUAACAUUUUAACGCGGAAAUAGCUGUUCUCAUUCAGCCUACAGUAGCAGCCAAUGUGUGGUGUUCAAUGUAGGCCUAAAUUCCAUGAAACCUUUGAAGAAAAUAUGCAGGGCUUGACAUUAACCUGUUAUCCACCUGUCCUUCAGGCAAGGAGUUCAUUGGAAAUGUUGUUGUGUUGUUUGAUGCAAGAAACCACUUUACAAAAUAAAAUGAUUAUUUCCAUGCCAUUACAGAGAAUCAGACAAAUGAUGCUACCCUCUGCCCAUUGGCUACUUAGUUUGUUCAAGCAUGUCUCAAAAUAUAACACUGCCCCUCUAGGAGAAAAAAAGUAUCACUCCCCUAUUGCUGACUAAAAUGAUCUAUAACUGGGCUAAUAACUCACUAACUAGCAAAGGACAUGAACAGAAUGUGCACACUUGGCUACAUGAAGCUCUCGCUUUGAUCUCAAAACAAGCGCAUCUAUAGUACCAGUCAUAAGUUUGGACACACCUACUCAUUCAAAUGUUUUUCUUUAUUUUGACUAUUUUCUACAUUGUAGAAUAAUAGUGAAGACAUCAAAACUAUGAAAUAAAACAUAUGGACCAAACAAAUAAAAAAUUAGCCACCCUUUGCCUUCAUGACAUCUUUGCACACUCUUGGCAUUCUCUCAACCAGCUUCAUGGGGUGCCUUCAUGAGUCACAUGGAAUGCAUUUCAAUUAACAGGUGUGUCUUGUUAAAAGUUAAUUUGUGGAAUUUCUUUCCUUAAUGCGUUUGAGUCAAUCAGUUGUGUUGUGACAAGGUAGGGGUGCUACACAGAAUAUUGCCCUAUUUGGUAAAGACCAAGUCCAUAUUAUGGCAAGAACAGCUCAAAUAAGCAAAGAGAAACAACAGUCCAUCAUUCAUUUCAGACAUGAAGGUCAGUUAAUCUGGAACAUUUCAAGAAUUUUGAAAGUUUCCCCAAGUGCAGUCGCAAAAACCAUAAAGUGCAAUGAUGAAACUGGCUCUCAUGAGGACUGCCACAGGAAAGGAAGACCCAGAGUUACAUCUGCUGCAGAGGAUAAGUUCAUUAAAGUUACCAGCCUCAGGAAUUGCAGCCCAAAUAAAUGCUUCACAGAGUUCAAGUAACUGGACACAUUUCAACAUCAACCCUUCAGAAGAGACUGAAUCAGGCCUCCGUGGUCGAAUUGCUGCAAAGAAACCACUACUGAAGGACACCAAUAAUAAGAGACUUGCUUGAGCCAAGAAACACGAACAAUGGACAUUAGACCAGUGGAAAUCUGUCCUUUAGUCUGAUGAGUCCAGAUUUGAGACCCAGAGAAGGUGAACAGAUUAUUUCAGCAUGUGUAGUUCCCACACUAUUUUGGUUACUACAUGAUUCCAUUUGUUAUUUCAUAGUUUUGAUGUCUUCACUAUUAUUCUACAAUGUAGAAAUAGUAAAAAUAAAGAAAAACCCUUUAAUGAC